ACAACAACACUCCGCCAUUUCACUGCUCUGAGCUCUGAGCCUCUCUCUGAUCAUUAUCGAUCAUUCUGAUCAGUUCUGAUCAGUGCUCAAUAAUCUGUAAAUGCACUAAAGCUCCCUUUGAUCCGUGACGUCACUGCGCACGAGGCAGGAUGGCGGCCGACCGGCGCGAGGACAAAGACGGAGAACUGAAUGUUCUGGAAGAUAUUUUGACUGAAGCUCCGGAUCAAGACGACGAGCUUUACAACCCGGAGACUGAACGACACGUUAGCGACAAGAAAGGAACGAAGAGGAAGAGUGAGCGCUCCGACAGCCAGGAUCUGAAGAGGCUUCGGCCGUCCUCUGGCCACGCCCCCUCCAGGUCCUCGUCCACCAAUAAGAGAGGUGCAGGUGCCCCGCUGCCCUCCUCCUCCUCUAAGAAGGUGGUGUCUAGCCCCCGCGGGCGCCCCGCUGCCACCGGCUACCGACAAGAAUACUAUGACGAGCGAAAGGGGCGGCGAGUGUCCCGAGAGGCGACCAGGAGCCGCGGAGGAGAAGAAGCACGGCGGCGAGAGUCCCAGCGAGGCCUGGAGGGUCUAAGCCAGAAGCUGCGGCGUGAUGAGCGGCGGACUAGCCCCUCCCCCCAACAGGAGGACAACCAAUCAGAAGAGGAGACAGCAGCAGAGUAUGGCUCAGAGCAGGGCUCAGGAAGCUCCUCUCCUGCCGCCUCUCAUGUAGAGGAGGAAGAUGAUCAGGAGGAAGAGGAGGAAGAAGAAGAAGAGGAGGGCAUGGAGGAGGAGGAAGAGGAGGAGGAGGAGGGAGAGAAGGAGGAUGAGGAGGAAGAGGAAGAAGAGGAGGAGUAUGAACGUCGUGGCGGCGAGGGGAACGACUACGAUACUCGCAGUGAGGCCGGCGACUCGCGUUCUGCUUCCUCCGUCAGUUUCUCUGAUGAUGGCGAAUCAGCUCGCUCCGGCUCCGCCUCUGAGGCUUCAGGUUCAGAGAAGAAACGGGAGAAGCUGUCGUCGUCGGUCCGAGCGGUUCGCAAAGGGAUGGAGACCUCUCCCUGUGUUGUUUCAGAUCCAACCAGUAAGCUGCGCUACAUCCUGCGAGACGCUCGCUUCUUCCUCAUCAAGAGCAACAACCACGAGAAUGUCUCCCUCGCUAAAGCUAAGGGCGUGUGGUCGACGCUGCCGGUGAAUGAGAAGAAGCUGAACGCAGCUUUCCGCUCAGCUCGGAGCGUCAUGCUCGUCUUCUCUGUGAGGGAGAGCGGCAAAUUCCAAGGUUUUGCUCGUUUGGCAUCAGAGUCUCAUCACGGCGGCUCUCCGAUCCACUGGGUUCUUCCAGCUGGCAUGAACGCCAAGAUGCUGGGAGGAGUCUUUAAGAUCGACUGGCUCUGCAGGCGAGAGCUUCCCUUCACGAAGACGGCUCACCUGUCGAAUCCCUGGAACGAACACAAGCCUGUGAAGAUCGGACGAGACGGACAGGAGAUCCAGCCGGAUAUUGGCGCUCAGCUCUGUGCCCUGUUCCCAUUGGACGAGAGCGUAGAUGUCCACCAGGUGGCCCGCCGCAUUCGUCACAAGCGUCGGACGCCGUCGGAGCCGCGGCCUCGAGGCCGACCGCCACAGCGUGAACCGGGAAGGCGUCGACCUGAAGAGUACGACCUCCACGGCAGGAAGCGGCCGCGCGCAGACUGUCCGCCCGACUUCAACCAGCGAGCAGGGUUCAUCCAGGACCUUCGUAACCAGCCGGUGGACAGACGAUUUUCCAGCGUGAGACGAGACGUAUUCCUCAACGGAUCUUAUAACGACUACAUGAGAGACUAUCAUCACAGCGUCGGCCCUCCGGCUCCUUGGCAGACUCUGGCGGCAUACCCUGGCGUGGAGCAGCCCCCCCCCCACCACCCCCCCUAUUACCAUCACAGCCACCCGCCCCCCCCUCCUCACCAGGCCUACCACCAUCACCACCACCCCCCCCUACCGCCACACGAGGCUCCGCCCCCUCGUUUUAGAGACAAACAGAGAGCAGCGCCGCCGCACCGCGCCUUCGCCUCCAGCCCGCACGACUACGACAUGCGUGUGGAUGACUUCCUGCGACGGACACAGGCGGUGGUGAGCAGCCGUCGGGAGCGUGAGCGGCAGCGUGAGCGCGAGCGUGGCGGACCGCGCCGUGAGAGAGAGCGAGAGCGAGCGAGGGACCGAGACCGAGAAAGAGAGAGGGACAAAGAGAGGGGACGGUACCGCCGGUGAUCUGCUGAUGUCACAUCCUGCCAGGCAGAUGAAGCGUGCAGCUGUAGGGGCUUUUAUUUUGGCAGUGAGUUCUUUUUGGCUGGUUUCCUGUUUUCUGUUGAAAAUUAUGAAUAAAACGAGCUGUAUGAUGACAUCAUCAGCCACAUAUCAGUUUU